AGGUACGGGGAAAAGGCCAAGGAUCGUCAGUGGAAGUUGAUAAAUGCCAUGUACACAAAGUGGGAAAAAGCGAGGGAGUUCAGUGGCUUGGAAUGAGGUUACUCCACGAAUCCAACUGGGUUCUGGAGCAAACCAUAAAUGAUGGCCAGCUUGGAUGAAAGGAAAGCCUAUAUUGCCAGGUAGGCGAACGCUUUAGGGCCUGAAGUCCCAGAUCUGGGCCAGGAGUGGGCGGAGGCUCCGGUCAGGUGAGACCCCUGGGUCCGUUCCGGACCUGGACCCUCUUCCUGUCCUCGCACCCCGGGAGGUGAGUUUACAUCUUCCCAACUUCCCAGCAGGGAGGCUCUUUGCAGCCGCGGCUCACCUGCCCCCACCCCCCGGGGGUUAUUCCAGCUGGGAAGACACCCCUUCCUCCUCGGUGGGCUCCACAUCCCGGGUGUGGCGCUGACGCUGCACAGGGAAAUCCUCCGGCGCUAAGGGCCGGCCGCGCCUUUGCACCGAUCGUCCACCUCCCAAGACGCUGGCUUUCCGUUCCACUGGGAGAACACGUGGUUGGGAGAGGGGCCCCUCGCCUCCGGGGGGCUGGGCUACCGGAGGGCGUGGAAGCCGGAGCAGUGCCCGCAACGCGCGGGGCUCGGCCACCGCUCCGCCCGCCUCCGCCUGUCCGCGGGCGAGCGGCUGGGCUGGGCUGGGGCAGGUGCGCCCGGGCCGAGGAGGCCGGAGGCGCUGAGGGCUCUGCGCGAGCACCACAAAGCCGCGAAAUGGAAACUGCCACCCUCUCAACAGCGUCCGAGAGGCUGCAGCAGAGAGCAGCCCCCAAGGGAUCCUCGCCUCUGAGCGCAGACGCAGCGGAGGCCAUCGCCGUCCUCGACGCCGUCAUUGCGGACCUGGAUGUGGACAAACACGAUGUGGACUUCGACGUGGCCACCAGCUCCCGGGAGCACGGCUUGCACUCCAAUUGGAUCCUGCGGGCGCCGCGCCGGCACUCCGAGGACAUGGCCGCACACGUCCAGCCUCAGAGCAGCGCGGAGCGCAGGACCGUCGGCGCCCAGAGGAGACUUGAGAGGCACCCCAUCUACUUGCCCAAAGCUGUGCAAGGGGUGUUCAGCACCUUGAAAUUUAAGCCCAAACCCUGCAAAAGAGACCUGGGGAGCACCCCACAGAUCCUCUUCAACUCCUCGGGGGAAGACGUGGAAUGGAACACAGAGCUCUUUGCCCUGGAGCCCCCGACGUCUCUGGGGGAGGACUACAUCGACACCGAGAACCCCAAAGGCCAGUGGCUGCUUCGGGAGCGGCCCUGGGAGCGCACAGGACCCUGACCAUUUGGCCCGGCUCAGGCUGAGUCCCUGAGGAGGUGUCUGCUUCCUGGUGGCGCGAGGUGCUUGGUAGAGGUAGAAACGAACUCGUGACAAAGUCAAGCCCAGGGGCAUGCUGCCUGCUGCUGGCCACUUAGUGCCGAACACACGUGGCCUCCCCAAGGACCUGUUGCAGGGGUGUGUGGAGCCAGCUUUCCCUGCAGGGGCAGGGGAGCAGGCAGUGCAGCCUGGCUGGUGCUCAGCAGCAGGACCGGGAGUGGGGGGCUCCCUCCCUGGCCUCCCCUCCUGCAUAUGGCCCCUGGGGCAUCUGUCCCAACAGCUGCUAGAACUCUGUGCAGUGCAGGAAACAAAUCCACCCGUGCACCCUGGGCCCAAGUUUUAAAAGA